UUAGUCACACCAAAAUCUAAACUUUCUCUUACCAUAUUUACUCUUGCUUUUCUGAUUUUUUUAUUGCUUUAACUUUAAGAGAUGGCUAUGGUUACAGCUUUGGUGAAUGACAGGUCAGUGGUUAUAUUCAGUAAAAACUCUUGCUGCAUGUGCCACACAAUUAAGACACUGAUAAGCAGUUUUGGAGCAAAUCCCACUGUUUAUGAGUUAGAUGAGCAUCCAAAGGGGCAUCAGAUAGAGAAAGAACUCAAGGGGUUAGGGUUUAAGCCAAGUGUCCCAGCUGUGUUCAUAGGACAGAAGCUGAUUGGUGGAGCCAACGAGAUAAUGGCACUUCAUUUGAAGGGUCAGUUGGUGCCAUUGUUACUUGGGGCUAAUGCUAUAUGGGUUUAGUGAAACUUGUUCAAGAAGAUGUUAGUAUAGAGUUAAGAGUUAUGUUAAUACAACUACAGGAGCAGUUUGAUGCUUCGGCAGUUGUUCGAGCAGGAAAGAUGAGAGUUGUUUUUGGGCCGUCUUUUCCGUUGGUGUUCGUUUUCCUUUUUCUUCUUUUUUUGUCCAUGACAAUGUAUGCAUGUGCCAACUUCCACAUGUAACUUCCUACUUUUUAAAGCAACAAGAGAUGCAAUGUAAUUUCCUAAUUUUGUUCAUGCAUUAACACUUUUUGUAUCCAUUUUCUG